AUGAUAAUCAUCCCAGACCCUACUCCCGAGUUUGUGCAAAGUGCCUUCUAUAAUAUGCUUGACGGUUUGGAGCUUGCACUGGAAAAGGAUAGUGUCCGGUGCUUCCUCCGCUUGUUCGCGAAAUCUCCCAAUGCCAUGGCUUGGAAUUUGAGCAUAACCUCUGAUACCUUGACGUGCAUGGUCAGCCAUAAUGCCCUGCGAUGCGCAAAGGUUGUGUUGCCGGGCAAGGCAUCUUGGCUCAAUGGUCACCAUGCCAAUCCCAACUGCAUGAACCCGCACGGAUACUUUCCAAUCCAUGGAGUUGCUGAACGGUUCUCUGUCAAUAUGAUCAAGUUGCUCUUCCACCAUGGUGCUUUAGCCAAGGUACACACUCUCGGCGAUGUUGUCAUUCAGAAUCUGCUCCCACUCCAUGUUGCGGUCGAGAAUACUUGCAUGCAUAAGUAUCUGGAGGAUAGUCUCCCUCCUAUGCAGUAUCAUCGUGAUUAUAUUUACAAACUUGUUCAUCUGUUGUGCCUACUUGAAAUGAAGAUCUUCCUCGAUACGGUUAGGCUUGCUGGAAAAACAGAUAAUCUAGUUCAUGAGAUCUGGAACUACAUUAUGAAUGGAAAGCUUGUUCAGGCUACAGUUUUACUACUCGCAUCCCAAAAUCAGAUACGGAAGCAUGAUUGCAUCAUCGAGAGCCUUGGCUGCAUCCCAGUCAGCCUGAGAAGCAUCAACAGCAAGUACCGGCAGCACCGGUGGGAUUGGGACCACAGGCGCAACAGGGCAUGGCAGACAAGGGACCUCGCCAGAGAGAACACCCCACAGAAGAAGGCCACGCAUAAUAGAGCCCUGAUUACCGUUUUGUCAUGGACAUCAGGGAAUGUGGAUGGAACCAAGGAGCUUACAGAAAUGCCUUAUCUGCAUCCUGCAGAGCAGAAGGUAAUGUAG